AUGAAUAGCGCUGCUGCUACAUCCCAACCGAGAACUAGUAGACUAUUAAUAGCAGAAAUAGACACGGAAUUUGAAUCACUACGUGAUUUAGAAUUUAACUUGUGGAAAAAUAAAGAGCGAAACCGAGCAGAUCAAAGUGAUGUUGAAACUGCAUAUGAAGAAUCCCUAUCAAAUGAUGUGAAGAAAGUAAUUUCAUUACAAGGUGGAGAAAAUUUAAGCUAUUACAUUGUCAAGCAUAUAUUAGAAAAAAUUGAGAACAAAGGAAUAUUAAAAUGUCUGAAACAUGAAGAAGAAAUAGAAGAAAAUCAGGAACAACUUAAUCUUUUGAAGCAAAAAAUAUUGGACAGUAAAAUGAAUAAUACGGAGGAUCUGCAAAAGAUGAUUGAAGGAUUAAAAAAAAUUAAUAUGAUGAAUAAAAAAUUAACAAAACUGAAGUUAAUGAACGCAGAAGUACUUAAAAUGAUAGAUAAUCAGAAGAAGUUAAGAGAAGAUGGGGGUUUUGUCCAAACAAAGCUCAGUAAUACUGCGUCCCCCGCUUUGGAUGGUAUGAAGCGUAUUAGUGAAAACAACAAAACUGUACGUAACCCUAUACACAUGCCGGAUUCCAAAAAUGAAAAAAAAAAAUUUAAAAAGCACCGUCAUAUGGAUGAAUGUCAACAGGAUCCAAAUAUUAGCAAAAAGAAAUCUAAGAUGAUAAAAUUUAUAAAAUACUAUUCACUAUUUUCCUUAUCCUUUGUGAUCAUAGUAUCCAAAUAUUCUUUAUUUGGUUAUGUUGUGGAACCUAUUUUUAUGUUUGCAUUUGCUGUCGCAAGUAUUCUGUUAAUUUUUUACAUCCUGAUGAAGGUGUUGAGAUAUGACCUAAAAUCACGUGGCAUAAGAAAACCUCGUUUCAAGGAUUACAUGAAAAGCUUUAUAAGAUCUAUAAAAUGA